AUGCCAGCUUAUCCUUCGGGAGUUCAUUUAGAGAACACAAAAGUUUCCUCUGGAAAUAAUGCCGAUGCAAAUUCACGCAAUUAUAUUCCGAAUUCAGCUGCUACAUCCAAAAACAGUAAUGUUCCUACAAAAUUUUGUUCUCAUUCAAUGCCAAAAGGUUCUACUUUUAAUGAGACCAUUCCAAAUGGAACAAUUCCUAAACCUUCGAAUCUCAAGCUAAGAAAUUCAAAUAUUGACAAACCGAAAAGUAGUCCAUUUAACUCAUUUAGAACAUGGUCCGAAAAAUUUGGGAGACAGAUAUCGAAUUUGCAUGGAAAACAUUGGGAAACUGCACUAGGCAUGGACUCUCAGCAGCCUGCAGAAGUUGAAGUUUUAUCUGUGGAUCGAUACUUUGAUGCCUUGGAAGGACCAGAAUUGGAUACUCUGCGAGCUUCUGAAGAAGUACUUCUUCCAGAAGACAAGAUAUGGCCAUUCCUUCUACGUUAUCCAAUCUCUUCUUUCAGUAUCAGUCUUGGUAUUAGCAGCCAAGCCAUUAUGUGGAAAACCUUAGCCACUUCUACUUCAACGAAAUUCCUCCACGUUAGCCCAGACAUAAAUCUGAUGCUUUGGUGCACAUCUGUUGCUCUUGUAGCAAUUGUCUUUUGCAUUUACAAUCUGAAAGUGAUUUUCUACUUUGAAGCUGUUCGUCGUGAGUACUACCACCCAAUACGCAUUAACUUCUUUUUUGCUCCAUGGAUUGCCCUUCUGUUCUUGGUUCUUGGAGUUCCACCAUCAGUCACUCAAAAUCUUCAUACAUGUCUAUGGUACAUUCUUAUGACUCCAAUCGUUUGCCUUGAGAUUAAGAUAUAUGGACAGUGGAUGUCGGGAGGACAACGAAGGCUUUCUUGGGUGGCCAACCCCUCGAAUCAUCUCUCAGUUGUUGGGAAUUUUGUUGGAGCUUCGCUUGGUGCAUCCAUGGGGAUGAAAGAAGGGCCUGUGUUUUUCUUUGCCAUUGGAUUGGCUCAUUACAGAGUCUUAUUUGUAACUCUCUAUCAAAGGCUUCCAACGAAUGAGACACUACCGAAGGAACUCCACCCGGUAUUCUUCCUUUUUGUUGCUGCACCUAGUGUUGCUUCAAUGGCGUGGGCGAAGAUUCAAGGGUCUUUUGAUUAUGGAUCACGGAUAUCUUCCUUCAUUGCCCUUUUCCUUUAUUUUUCAUUGGCCAUCAGUCUUAAUUUUUUCCGAGGCUUCAGAUUCUCAUUGGCUUGGUGGGCUUACACUUUUCCAAUGACUGGAGCCGCGAUUGCCACCAUCAGAUAUUCAAAUGUGGUAAAAAAUGCGAUAACUAAAACUUUAACUGUCUUUCUCUGUUCUGUUUCUACACUUACAGUGGGUGCACUACUUGUGACAACUAUCAUCCAUGCCUCUGUACUCCGAGAUCUGUUCCCGAAUGACAUAGCCAUUGCGAUUAGUGAGAGACGGAUCAAGUCCACUCCGAGGUGGUACCACAGGAGAGGUGGAAGCUCGGAUAUGAAAGACAUUGAACAAUACCUUAAAUACAGAAAUCCAGACGACAAAGAUAUUGAUGCUUCUCUUAAACCUCCAAGCUUGACUGACCAAGAUGCCUCUCCAUGUUCAAGAUAA